AUGGCGCAAGCAACGCAGUCAAUAAAAUGUGUGGUAACAGGGGACGGUGCCGUGGGGAAGACUUGCUUGCUCAUAUCCUACACCACGAAUGCCUUCCCAGGCGAAUAUAUCCCCACUGUCUUUGACAACUACUCUGCCAGUGUCAUGGUAGAUGGCAAACCCGUUUCCCUGGGAUUGUGGGACACAGCUGGCCAGGAAGACUACGAUAGAUUGCGCCCGCUCUCUUACCCGCAGACGGACGUCUUUCUGAUAUGUUUCUCCAUUGUAUCUCCUCCCAGCUUCGACAACGUCAAGGCUAAGUGGUACCCCGAAAUCGAACAUCACGCCCCCGGUGUGCCUAUCAUCCUAGUCGGGACUAAACUGGAUCUGAGAGAAGACAAAGCCACAGCCGACAGUCUGAGGGCGAAAAAGAUGGAACCGGUGUCGUACGAGCAGGCUCUCGCUGUGGCCAAAGAAAUUAAAGCAGUCAAAUAUCUUGAAUGCUCCGCAUUGACACAGCGAAAUCUCAAAAGUGUAUUUGACGAAGCAAUCAGGUGA